AAUUUCCAUUACAUAUUAUAUUUGGUAGACAGAUUCAGAGGAGAGUUGGGAGCGAGUGGAAGCUGAUGAGAUUUUCUUUCAGCAAGAGAGAAAGAGCUUUCUUGCUAUGUAUGAAAAGUCUACGUGAAGGAAUAGAAUAAUGGUUGGGUAUUCAUUUUGGCUUCAUCUACUUUAUAUUGUUAUUGAUUUUGUUUUUGUUUUUUUUUUUUUUCUUUUCCUUCUCUGUUUUUAUAAAUGUAAUCGUUGAAUUAAAUAAAUAUAUAUAUUUUUUUGGCUUCAUAUACACUCCAGGGUGACAUAAGACCUGUAAUCUCUUUCUUAUAUAUCUCUCAUACGUUAGGUUGCCCCAUCUCCACUCAACUGUUUCUAUCUUUAAUGGUUUUCUUUUAAAAUCUAAGCUACAGAUAGUGAGCCACACACAUUUCAUAUAUGUGUUGUUUUUAACAAAAAAAUAUAUAAUAAUAAUAAAUAAAAAUCUAAAUAAACUUUGCCUUUGGUCAGUGUUAAAGAAGGAAGCCAGAACUACUACAUUUAUCCUUCUACAAGCUAAGUUUUCCCAUAUUAUUAUACAUUUACAAACUAAAAGCUCAACCAAAUAGCUUUAGAUCCAAGCAAUUAAGCUCUUUUUGUUUUUAUCUAUGAUCAACCGCAUAUUCUCUCUCGCUCUCUCUCUCUCUCACCAAAACUCAUUGGUAUUUCUUCAUGUUCCAACUUCUCAAUUUUGAUUUUUUUAGCUUCUAUUCUCUUCUUCUCUCUUCUCUAUAGAGCAAUAGAUCUUCAUCUCUAGAAUAACUACGUCAAAAAUGAGAAACUCAUUUUCGAGAGGAAUAUGCAUGAGUCAUGCUGCAAUGCAAAGUACUCUACUAGGACUAAAAAAGUGAAGAGAGGAAUUCAAUUCCUUUCUCCCAAUUCCAAAUCAUAUAAUUGGGCUAGAAAGGAACAACAUUAUAUAUUUAUAUAUAUGAUUGUUUUAUGAAUAAUAAGCUUCAAUAAUAGAGACUACAGCUAGCUCCUCUAUCUUAUCAUAACUAUAUUCUUUUUCUAAUUUCUUCGAUAUAUCUAUACUUCUUUAUAUAUAUUUCCUUUUAAUGAUGCGAAUCAUGCAUAACGCACUUUUUGAUCUCACUGUCUGUCUUAUUAUAGAGUAGAAAACAUGACAUUGUGAAAAGAAUGACCAUAAGUGGAAAAUAUUAUUAAACAAUAAUAUAUAUAUAUAUAGCUAUAUAGGAAAUGACCAGGUGCAAUGUUGAAGAGCGUGGUGGAGUACUACUCGACCAAACAAUCAUUAAUGCGUCUGAUCAUCAUCAUCAUAUGGAUGAUGAUGAUGAUGAAGGUCGCAAAGAUCAUAACCUAAUCAUCAGAACUUGUCCUUCAUGCGGUCAUCAGAUCAAAUGUCAAGACAAGGCUGGAAUUCAUGAUUUGCCGGGUCUACCAGCUGGGGUAAAGUUUGAUCCGACAGAUCAAGAGCUUCUACAACAUUUGGAAGGGAAGGUACGUUCUGAGACAUGCAAGGUUCACCCUCUCAUAGAUGAGUUCAUCCCUACUAUUGAUGGCGAGAAUGGGAUUUGCUAUACUCAUCCACAGAAGCUGCCAGGAGUGAGGAAAGAUGGCCUAGUGCGUCACUUCUUCCAUAGACCUUCCAAGGCAUACACGACCGGAACAAGGAAGAGACGAAAGGUCCACACGGACGAAGAGGGUGGCGAGACGCGGUGGCACAAGACCGGAAAGACCCGACCUGUUUUUGUUGGGGGAAGGGUGAAAGGGUACAAAAAGAUACUUGUUCUCUACACAAACUAUGGGAAGCAAAGAAAGCCUGAGAAGACCAAUUGGGUUAUGCACCAAUACCACUUGGGCAACAAUGAAGAGGAGAAAGAAGGAGAGUUAGUGGUGUCCAAAGUCUUCUAUCAAACGCAGCCUAGACAAUGUGGUUCGGUCAUCAAAGAUUUGCUUAACCCACCUAAGAAUAAUAACAACUUGCGACAAAACGACGAGUCCUUUGUUGAGUAUUCAUGCAAUAUUCCUAAUUCUUUCAUAUCAUUUGAUCACGCUGCCCAAAAUGGAGGGACCACUCCUGAAAUUUCUGUCACCCAUUUUGGGGCUGGUUCUUUCCUUAAUUCAUGAACAUCUGUAUAGGUAAUUAUAUAAUAAUAAUUGAAGCCAAAGGUACAAAAGGAGACGAGAAUAAGAUGAGAUAAGAAGGGUAGUACUUGGAGUCAAGAUAUAUAAAUAUAUAUAAUAAAAUAAGAUGAUGAUCAAGUAGUGAAUUAUAGUAACAAAGUUAUUUAAUAGAAGGGGUAAGGAAGGGGAAAAGAAUAAAAAAGAGGAAAGGUAACUUUAGUUCCUGAGAACUUGCACCUUCUAAUUCUAUUAUAGUACACAAUAUAGAAGCUUUGUGACUCUUCUAGUCUUCUACAAUUUUUUUUUUAUCAAGUUCUUAUUAUGUAUGCUUUAUACAAAUGUGAAUAAUUACAUUUCACGUGGGCCAUGACCCCGUCUUUAAUGUGGGUUGGGGUUGUAUUUUUUCUUAAAAAAGCUGUACAAAGAUGAAAUCUAUAUACGUUCCUUACC